UACACAAUUAGUUUGUAGUUACAGGCUUUGCUGAAUUUCUGCUGUUCGCGUUAACUCGUGAUGUUCUAUUUUUCAGCUGCUUUACUUCCUUCUUUCACAUAUGGCCUAUUGCAACUCUACGCGAUCCUUCAGUAGUAGAGGUGAUGAACUUUGUGACUGAAAGUCAGCAGUGCGCGGUAGACAAAAAGCUGAACUGACAAUCAAGGCCUCAGCUGCCCGGGAACUGUCCAAAUUCCUCAACUCCCUAGAACCUCAGCAAUAUUUUACUUCGUGGUCAUUAGACAAUGUAUCAGACGUCGGGGAAUUGGAAAGUGACAGAGGAAAAUAUUAAAAAAAGCAUCAGUGAAACGACUUCAGGAGAAGAUCGAAGGUUGGGAGAUACAGAUCAUUGUUUUCUCAGAAUCUCUCACUUUACUGACACAGAACCUGUUACGGUAUUCCAAAUGAGUUGAGCGACAGAAUCAAAAUGUCCAGAACUCACUUAAAGCGGAUAGUGUAGCCAGCUCAUCAUCAACUGAUCCAGCUUGAGAGAGAUAGUCAUUAUCAGAGUUGCGGGUCCUAUCUGGGUUCCCGUUGCUCCGGUAAAUGGAACUAUGGCUGCCAAAGAAAGGCUAGAUAAUCGGAGUUAAAAAAAAAAAAGUAAAAGAGAGACAAGUGCAAGUUCAUGGCGGAAGCCUCUCAAGAAUAUCUUACAAAGAUGGCUGACAGACAACAAGUUAUGUCCCUCGUCGAGGAAGAGUUUAAAACUGAAAAAUUCUUGUUACAGCAGAAACGCUUACAGCAAGAUGUUAGAGAUUUAUACAUGAAAACUUCAGAUUUAAGAGGAAAGAUGGCCGACUUUGGCAUCAAAGAAGCAGGUACCAUGGACAUCAGUUGCGAGGACUUAGAAUGGAAAGAUGACCGAGGAUCACCUCUCGGAAGUGGCUCUUUUGCUUCCGUUUAUCGAGGAACCUCAAAGCUGCAUGAGGAAGAGAAGCCCGUUGACUAGGCACUGAAAGUGUGAAAAAAGGCGCUGACUAGUGGCAGUGCAAUAAGCUUCCUUUCUAAAACAGACACCCUAAGGAAGCUGAUUCAUCCCCUCAUUGCAAAGAUGUACGGCGCAACACUUCUGAAGGAGAAGGGUGAAUUGAGACCAAUCCUUGUCAUGGAGCUCUGCAAGGAGAACUUGAUGAAGCACAUUGUCCGAAAUCAGGACAAUGUAUCUGGUCUCUCUACAAAAACUUCGGCUGCAAAAAAGGUGAUAGGAUGAGCAAAAGACAUUGCCAAAGCUUUGGAAUUCAUACAUAAUAAGGGCAUAAUUCACAGAGAUCUCAAACUGGAAAUACGUUGGUAUGUAGGAGAUAAUUCGAUGCGUGCACAGUGA